AUGUACAAGCAGGUGAUCGUCGUCCUGGCCGUGGUGGCCGCCUGCCUGGCCGCCCCCGGACCCAAGCCGGCCCCCGGCCUCCUGGCCAGCUACGUGGCCGCCGCCCCCGUCACCUACACCGCCCACGCAGUCGCCGCCCCCGUCGCCUACACCGCUGCCGCAGCUCCAGUUGCCUACGCCGCCCCCUACUCUGCCGCCUACGUCGCCCCGUAUCACGCUGCCUACAGGACAGCCAUCUUGGGAUAAACUCCCCGCAUUCCUUGGACGCUAAACUACUUGUCUCUGAUGAUUCAGUAAACUAAAUAAAAAGUUUAAUUUUAUAUUUAA